AUCGAUUCGGCACUGUUAAGUGUGUGAUUGGUAAAGAUCAAUAAAACAUGGAGUGACUUGGACACGUUUUAUUUGUAUGCGUGUGUGUGUUUGCGUACACCGUGGGCAGACGAAUUCCUGAUUAAUCAUCCUUCUGUGUAAGUAAACUGACGUUAAAAAAGAAAAAGUUAACAUUUUGACGCCUCUAUGUGUGCGCGCGCUCCCGUGUUUCCCGCCUUUGACCGUCUCGCGCGGCGCGCGCCGCCGCUGCUGUCGCCCCCCGCCUCAGACAGUCUGCGGGCUCUCGGGGGAAGAUGGCAGCCGUUCGGCUCCUCUGCUCCGCUCUGCUGCUCCUCACGUUCCUGUCGGUGCUUCAUCAUUCUUCAGCUUUCUGGCUCCUUGACGUCCUCUUCCCUCCGGCCGCCAAACCCAGAGAAGCUCCGGUGAGCAACACCACCCAGCCUCCGCUCGUCAUCGUGCCGGGGAAGUUGGGGAACCGCCUGGAGGCAAAGCUAGAUAAACCAACUUUAGUCCACUGGCUGUGCUUCAAGAAAACUAGCCACUGGUUUCCCCUCUGGAUUAACCUUAACAUGCUUAUGCCUGUAGGUGUUGACUGCUGGAUCGAUAACAUUAGACUUGUGUACAACAGAACAACUCGGCAGUCAUCCAACUCACCAGGGGUGGAAGUACGGGUGCCAGGAUUUGGGAUGACCUAUAGUAUUGAAUUUCUUGACCAAAACCGACUGACUGGUUAUUUUCACACUAUGGUGGAACAUUUGGUCAACAUGGGCUAUGUCCGCAAUGAGACGGUCCGAGGAGCGCCGUAUGAUUGGAGAUUCGCACCAAAUGAGAAUUCAGAGUAUUUAGCUCAGCUGAAGGGCCUGGUGGAAGAAAUGUACGAUCAGUACCAGCAGCCUGUUUACCUGAUGGGGCACAGCAUGGGCUGCCAGUACCUUCUGUACUUCCUCAACCAUCAGCCUCAGGCCUGGAAAGACAAGUACAUCAGAGGCUUCAUCUCUUUAGCAGCUCCUUGGGGGGGCGCUGUUAAAACACUCAAGGUCAUGGCAUCAGGUGGAAAUGAUGGCAUCUCGAUGAUUUCUUCCAUCAAGAUUCGCGAGGAGCAGAGAACGACAACAACUAAUCCCUGGAUGGUGCCAUCGGUAGAGGCCUGGCCGAAUGACCAUGUUUUCAUUUCCACACCAACCUUUAACUACACCAAGCAGGACUACCAGCGCUUCUUCACAGAUAUCUCUUUUGAGGAUGGCUGGUACAUGUGGGAGGAUACGAAGAACCUGACUGGUGAUCUACUCCCCCCUGGUGUCGAGGUGUGGUGUAUGUACGGCGUAGGGCUACAAACUCCGGUAACAUACAUUUAUGAUGAGGGCUUUCCCAACGUGGACCCGGUCAACUUUGUUUACGCUGACGGGGAUGACACUGUGGCAAGCUUUAGCAUGAGUCUCUGCAAACAGUGGGAGGGGCAGCAGGAGCAGCCCGUCCACAUAAUCGAGUUCAGAGGGUUGCCGCACUUGGACAUCGUGUUCAACGAAAAGGUGCUCGGCCAAAUCCAGCAAAUUCUGGAAGGUAACUCGGAUACGCCCACAGAAGUUGACUGCAGACGUAAAGCAGCACAGUAUGCAGUUAGGAUUCAGAGUUUGGAGAACACAUCAAGUGCUUGAUUUUGACAGAGUUACGGCAGAUUUUAAGAACCAAACCACAGACUGCUUAUAUAUUUAUUAUUUACUUUGUUUUCAGUCUAAAUUAGUGGUAAUCUGGACUUGCAUAUAAUUUGAGCGUGUGCUCUGUGGCCUGUAGCCUUAACCCCAUUAUCUAACAAACUGCUGAGUGUUACCCUGCUCUCCUUUUUUGUGAUUACAAACUGAGAUGUUUGGAUUAUUUUAAUGUACGUGCUUUCAUUUAUGUCUGUAAUACUUUUAAGCAGUACAAAACCCAGAAACCAUGCACUCAUCCACUAACUUUCUGAAGGAGACACAUUGGAACUGUAAUCUAGAGUAUUUUUGGGGGGCGUUCAGGUACAUCCACGUUAUUGUGGCAAAACAUAUUUUUCACGCAUCUUCUACAUGAUUAUGUAUGUGGUGCAUUGGGACAUUUGAGACCCACACCACGAUGGCGUACAACAUCGAAAGAUCCAGUUUGUUGAGCUUUGAACAUGUAAACCUGUAGAUCUUAUGCAGCAUUCAUGACAUGCUGGAAAUUGGGACAUUAUGAGCUCCAAUGUGAUUUAUUAUUAUUAUUUUUUUAUUUCUUUGAAGUUUGCAUGGAAGUGCAACGAUUUAAAAUGACUUGAUGUGAUGCUGCAUUAGAUUGUACUUGGGGUGUCGGGGCUCUGACUCUGAAAAAUCCAAUAUAACAGCCAUUCAAGUCCAAUUCCAAGUUGGAAAACUGGGCAGGAUCCGUGAAGGCCGAGGUCACUGAUCUGACGUCACAGCAAUUUUGUCAAAUAAUUUUGUAAUAAUUUUUACUUACAGUAUUUUCCAAAGUACUGUAUGUCGUGUUUGACGACAGUGUCCUCAGUAAUGACUUAAGACACUACGUAUUUCACGUGCUGUAAUUUAAUUACAUUAACAAAUUUGAUACUUUUGUGUGAUAUAUAUGCAUAUUGAUUCUUUAAAUAUUAAUGAAGUUGCCAGCAUUGACCUUUUUGCACAGAUAACUGACAUUGUUACUGACUCAAGAAUAGAAAUAGAAAUACACUCACCUGAGAUGUUUUGCAUCGUGUUCGCCCAUGGCAAACAGUUAUAAUAACAUAUUA